AUGGUGCCCACCAUCUUGAUGAGCAUCUUUUUGCUUCAUUUUACUGCUGCUGUGGUUUCAGAACCGCGAUACAUCCUAUGGAUUUCCUCUGUGAUGCAGAGUUAUUCUACAGAAAAAGCUUGUCUCCAUCUCUUAAACCUUAAUGAAUCUGUAGCCUUGAGUGUUGUCUUAGAAUACGAUGGAUCCACUACCAUUAUUUUUGACCAGUCUGUGGAAGAGGAUGACUUCUAUGCUUGUGCAAAUUUCAGGGUCUCUCAGAAGUCCUCUGAACAGCUGGCUUUUGUGACCUUGUUGGCUAAGGGAGAUACUCUUAAAAUAUCAGAAAGGAGAGCUGUAUCAAUCACUUCAGAGGAGAAGAUAACAUUUAUUCAGUCAGAUAAACCCAUCUAUAAAUCUGGAGAGAAGGGUAAGUCAGUGUUUAUGUUUCCUUUAUACCACUGACUUGAGAAAUGUAUUCUCCAAAUUGAGAAUGUUCAAGAUCCUGAAAACAAUAGGAUUUUCCAGUGGCAAAAUGUGACUUCUUUCCAAAAUAUUACUCAACUCUCAUUCCAAUUAAUUUCAGAACCAAUGUUUGGAGAUUAUUCUAUUGUUGUGAAAAGAAAAUCAGGAGAAACAGUGACACACCAAUUCACUGUUAAGAGAUAUGUGCUGCCAAAAUUUGAAGUUAAGGUCAGUGCACCACAAACAAUAACAAUUUCAGAUGGUGAAUUCCAAGUGAGUGCAUGUGCCAUGUACACCUAUGGUCAACCUGUGCAAGGCAAGGCCCAAAUCCGGGUGUGCAAAGAAACUAUUCCUUCAAGCAACUGCAAGAAAGAUGAGAAUGAGAUAUGUGAGCAAUUUAUUGCACAGUUGAAACAUGGUUGUGUUUCUCAAAUUGUAAAUGCAAAAGUUUUCCAACUCUAUUAUACAGAAUUGCUUAAACCAUUUUACAUCACAGCAAUUGUUACAGAAUUUGGAACAGGUGUGCAGAUCACUGAAAAGACUUCUAUUUCUAUCACUCAGUUUCCUGGAACUGUGAAAUUUGAGAACAUGGACCCUUUCUAUAGAAGAGGGAUUUCUUAUUUCGGAACUCUUAAAUUUUCUGGUCCCAAUGACGUACCGAUGGUGAGCAAGUUGUUGCAACUGAAGCUUGAUGGCAAAUUUAUGGGAAAUUACACAACAGAUGAGAAUGGUGAAGCUCAGUUUUCCAUUGACACUUCAGAUAUAUUCAAUCCGGUGUUCAACCUGCAAGCCAUGUACAUUGGACCUGACAGCUGCCAUCGUUUCAGGAUAUGGGAGCCCUCAUAUUUGGAUGCAUAUUUCUCAGUCUCACGCUUUUACUCUCGAACUGGUAGCUUCCUGAAGAUUGUUCCGGAACCAAAGCUGCUUAGAUGUAAUCAACAGAAGAUUGUUACUGUGCAUUACUCCUUAGACAGUGAAUCAUAUAAGGAUGACGCAAAUGUAACCUUCUUCUAUUUGGUAAGUCUUUCUGGUGCACCUGAUGAUCCAGGAAACUUUUGUCCACUACAUCCGUCUCCUAUUUACACAGCCUGGAGAGGAAGCUUCUCGGUUCCAAUCGACAUCAGUGCUGAUCUGGCUCCUGCAGCUGUCAUGCUUGUCUACACCCUUCAGCCCAGUGGGGAGAUUGUGGCUGACAGGGUCAGAUUUCAGGUUGACAAGUGCUUUAAAAACAAGGUUAGCAUAAACUUCUCUAAGGAGCGGGGACUACCUGGCUCCAAUGCCAGACUCGAUCUUCAAGCAGCCCCUGACUCACUCUGUGCUCUCCAGGCUGUGGAUAAAAGUGUCCUUCUACUGAAAUCCAAACAGCUGUCAGCUGAAAGUGUGUAUAACCUGCUUCCAAAUACAGAACCAAAUGGUUAUUUCUACCCUGGUCUCAAUCUUGAUGAUGGCAAGGUAGACACUUGCAUUCCUCAGAAGGAUAUGUUUUACAAUGGUGUGUAUUACACACCUGUAAGCAACUAUAGAGAUGGAGAUGUCUAUGAUAUUCUUAGGGAUGUGGGUCUGAAAGUCUUUACCAAUCUCCAUUACCGGAAACCAGAAAUAUGUGCAAGGGAGGGAAAAGAAGAUCUGCUAUUCCCUAGGCCGUUAUAUUCAGGAAUUCCAGGAAGGCUAGGAGGUCCAGGAGAUCCAGAAAUAUAUGCACCAAUGCAUACAUUUCCAUCUAGAUUUGCCUGCAGAGGUGGGGGAGGGGAUCCAAUGAAACAGGUUUUUGUAGAAACAGUAAGAACAAACCUCCCAGAGACGUGGAUCUGGGACCUCAUCAGUGUGGAUUCCUCAGGUUCAGCAAAUCUUUCAUUCCUGAUUCCUGAUACUAUAACGCAAUGGAAGGCAAAUGGCUUCUGUGUGAAUGGUGAGGCUGGAUUUGGCAUUUCAUCAACAAUCACUCUGGAAGUCUCCCAAUCUUUCUUUGUUGAGAUUGCCUUGCCCUUUUCAGUUGUUCAAAAUGAACAAUUUGAUUUGAUUGUCAGUGUCUUCAGCUACCUGAAUACAUGUGUGGAGAUUUCUGUUGGGUUGGAAGCAUCUCAGGAUUAUGAAGCAAGUAUCAACACCCUGAAAAACAAUGGCAGUGAGAUUAUCCAAGCUGGAGAGAAGAAAACAUAUGUCUGGACUGUUACACCUAAGAAAUUGGGUAAAGUGAAUAUCACUGCAGUGGCUGAGUCCAAACAAAGUAGUGCUUGCCCAAAUGAAGCAACUGAGCAGCAAAAUCUAAACUGGAAAGACACCGUGGUCAAGAGCCUAUUAGUAGAGCCUGAAGGUAUUGAAAAAGAAACUACCCAGAGUUACCUUAUCUGUACAAAAGGUACCAAAACCUCUAAGCAGGUAGUUUUGGACUUGCCAAAUGACGCAGUAGAAGGAUCCACCAGAGGCUUUUUCACUGUUGUGGGAGAUAUAAUAGGACUUGCAGCUCAGAAUCUGGAGAAUUUUGUCCAAAUGCCCUAUAGAUUUGGAGAGCAGAAUAUUGCCCUAGUAGUGUCCAGUACCUAUGUCCUUGACUACCUGCAAUCUACUGAGCAACUGACAGAGGAGGUUAAAUCUCAGGCACUCUUUUUUUUAUCUAAUGGUUAUCAAAAGCAGUUGUCUUUCAGGAACUCUGAUGGUUCAUACAGUAUGUUUUGGCAGAAGGAUCAGAAAGGAAGUAUAUGGCUUAGUGCCCUUACUUUUAAGACAUUUGAGAGGAUGAAAAAAUACACAUUCAUUGAUGAAAAUGUUCAAAAACAGACCUUAAUUUGGCUUUCAAGCAAACAGAAAAGUAACGGUUGCUUUGAAAAUGAUGGCGAGCUCUUCGAUGAUGCCUGGAAGGGUGGAGAUGAAGAGGAUAUUUUACUCACUGCAUUCACUGUUGGGGCCUUCUUUGAAGCUGGGCUCAAUUUCACUUUUCCUGCUCUACGAAAUGGGCUCUUUUGCCUAGAGGAAGCAUUGGCAAGCGGUGUCACUAAUGGCUAUACUCAGGCAAUUGUAGCUUAUGUUUUUGCAUUAGCUGGAAAAGAGAAGCAAGUGGAAUCCUUGCUCCAGACUCUGGAUCAAUCUGCCACAAAAAUCAAUAAUGUUAUAUACUGGGAAGGAGAAAAUAAACCCAAGACAGAAGAAUCCCCACCCUUUAUUCCUCAUGUGCCUUCUGUUGAGCAAGAGAAGACUUGCUACGUGCUGUUGGCUGUCAUUUCCCGGGAGAUUCCUGACCUCACCUAUGCUAGUAAUAUUGUGCAGUGGGUCACCCAACAGAUGAAUUUCCAUGGAGCCUUCUCUUCCACCCAGGGCACUGCAGUCUGUUUUCUUGCUGUAACCCGCUACAUGAAGUUAACCUUCUCUAAUGAUCAAAACACUGUCACCUUUAGCAGUAAAGGAGGCAAUGAGAUUUUUCGGAUUAACAGUGAUAACCGCUUACUGGUCCAACGUUCAGAACUAACAAAAGAAUAUGGACAAUACACAGUAGAUGUGGAAGGACAAGGUUGUGCAUUUAUCCAGGCCACCCUUAGGUAUAAUGUGCUAUCACCUAAGAAGGAAUCUGGAUUUUCCCUUUCCUUAGAAGUGGUAAAGGAUAACUCUUCAGAUAUAUCCCUGACUAAGUUUGGCCUUAUGGUGACUGUCAAAUAUACUGGAGUUCGCAGUGAGUCCAAGAUGGUCCUUGUGGAUGUGAAAAUGCUGUCAGGAUUUACUCCACUCUUGUCAUCUAUUGAGAAGCUGGAAAGCCAGGGCCAACUGAUGAAGACUGAAAUCAAGAAUGACCAUGCCCUUUUCUACUUAAAAAAUGUUUUUAGAGCACCAAACACCUUCACUUUUUUUGUUGAGCAAAGCAACCUUGUGUUGAACAUUCAGCCAGCCCCAGUCUUGGUCUAUGAUUAUUAUGGAAAAGAUGACUAUGCCCUUGAUUUUUACAACAUCAAUAGUACUUCAGUUUCCUAAUGAGACAAAACAAAACACAGGAAAAGGUGGAGAACUAUUUCUUUGGAACACUCAUUCUUCUGCAUCAUACUUGGGGGAGAACCAUGAACCACUUCACCCUUCACAGUCUGAAAUCUACUAUAACUUACUGUCAGAUUUUUCUUUGCUAUCCUAUUAAAUGAUG